GAGUUCAUCACCAUCAACGCGAACUCCCUGGGCACGCUGGAGCGGGUCAUGAUGCAGGUGGGCUACUUGGUGCAGACGCCCGCCAUCAUGGCACAGGAGCUGCAGGCCGACGAGCACAGGAUUAACUUGUUCGUCGGGCGCAUGGAAAAGCUGGGCUGGAGGCUUGGCAUCGUGCCGAGCGUCAAACAGGAGGGAGGCUGGAGUGGGGGAGUCUUGGUGGCCACGCGGCGCCGCCAGGGCAUGGACUUCGCGCGGAGAGGUAUCAACAGCUGGGACAUCUCACCGCCAGCCUCGAGGGGAAGACUAGCCGUGGCAAGGCCAGAUGGGGUGUGCAAGGGAGGCCUGCUCUUCGGGCCGGCUUACCUUUGGACCAGCGAGGGCCUCGCGCGCAGGAACGAGCUGAUCCUCACCAAGUGGGCGAGCGUCGUCAACGCCACUGGCUACCAGUGGGUGCUCGGGGGCGACUGCAACAUGGACCCGCGCGUCAUCAGGGACUCGGGGCUGCUCUGCAGGAUGAACGGGAUCAUCGUGCACGACAGGCAGCAGGGCUCUUGUGCGAUGCUCGGGCAGCAGUACGACAGAGACUACUUCGUCGUCUCGAAGAGACUGGUCCUCGGGCCGCUGGAGGCGACGGUGCAGAACGGCUACAACGCGUCGCCGCACUCCCCCGUCGUGCUUCGGCUCGCGAGGCAGCACAGGGACGACCGGAUGGUCUGCGUGCUCCAGAAGCCGCAGCGGUGGCCGCUGGAGUUACCCAUGGGGCGCGCGACGCUCCCAACGCAUUGGCCUCGCCUUCUGCCGAGGCACGGAGGGCACAGCCAGGACGUCAUGGAUGACCACUGGCGGGCGCUGGGCGUGGCCUACGAGGAGCACCUCAACCGCUUCCACAACUUCGAGGGAGAGGAGUUGACGCGGCGGCAGGGGCACUACGAGCAGGCCGUCUACAUGUGGACAUACAUGGAGGCGCCGAGGCACAAGGAGGUGCCCAGGGAGCAGGCCUGGGCAGAGGCAGCCGAGUGGCUGUCACGACGGCUCAGGCAACUGACAAACUUCGUGACGCGCUGGUGGACCAGCGAGACCGACGAGACGAGGCGUCAGGCAAUCCACGUGGCCGACACCAUGCUGGCCCACGAGAUCGUCAUGCCGCUGAUGAGGGCGGCCCCGGAGGUCCUCGCGGCGGCCCCGCCAGGGGGCUCCCUGGGAGGCCUGCAGCCCGCCACCGAAGAGGCAGCUGCCGGGGCCGCUGGAGACGACCCUGCUGGGGGCGCCGCACCGCAGCGGUGCCCUUUUGCAGUUGGCCCGCAGAGUGAAAAGGGCACCGCGUGGGAAGACGAGGCGGCGUCGCUGGUGUCGGAGAACGAGGACACGUCCCUCCCCGACCUCCCCUGCGAGGAGGCGGAAGUGGUACAGAGCCGCCUCGCGGCUGGAGCGCUACCCCGCGGGGGGGAGCAGCCGGGCGCCGAGGAGCAGCUCACCUGGGACACAGUGCAGUGGCCCGCCAUCGUGAACACGGUGGGCAGCAUCGACGUCGACAGGAUGACGGCUCAGGAGCUGCAAUACAUCGACUGCGUCGCGACCCUCCUGGACGUGGCUAGUCGGAGGAGCUGGAGGCUGGUGCAUCGCGCGUCAGCCGCAGGCUGGAGGAGGUGGCUACGUGACCACGGAGCAGCAAGCGCGGGGGCCAUACACAAGUGGACCAAGCCGCACGUGCCGUGGCAGCCGACUGCGCCACCACAGAACGAGAACAUCAGCGAGCACGCGCUCGCACACCCCCAGGAGGCCGCUGACCACUCGCUCGCGGGCUGGGAGGCGAUCUGGGGCGAUGAGUACGACCCGACUGCGCCAUGGUGCCAGCCCCCCACAGCGCUCGAGAGGGAGGAGUACAGGACGCCAUCCAUCACGCCCAAGGAAGUGCUGGACGCCAGUGACAAGUUCCGCGCCAAGACGGGCCUCGGAGAGUCGGGCUGGCAUCCGCGACUCUGGAAGCAGGGAGGCGUCCAAGGGGCAGCGCGCGUGGCAAGCGUGCUCAACGCGGUGGAGGCAGGGUCGCCAUGGCCCGAGCCUCAAUCCACCAUCCUGUUCUACCUGCUCGCGAAGCCCGCAGGAGGCUACAGGAACCUCGGCUUGAUCCCAGAGCUGGCGAGGUUGUGGGAGACCAUCCGGUUCCCUUUCGCCAGGCGCUGGGAGGAGGCGAACAGACGGGCUUAUGACUGGGCUGCCAAGGGCCGCUCAAGCGAGCGGGCGGCCUGGGUCCAGGCGCUCUUCUGCGAGGCGACCGUCGCGGAGGGGCUGGAGUACGCCGUGACGUACUUCGACUUGGUCAAGUGCUUCGAGUACGUGACCCACGAGCUGGUCUGGAAGGCGGGCUCGCGGUGGGGCUUCAACCGCCUCAUCCUGAAGGUCGUCCUCAGGAUCUACGCGAUGGUGAGGCGCAUCGUCCUCGACGGGUGCCACUCGCGUGGGCGGCGCUGGGCCGGGGGCAUUGUGGCAGGAAGCAGGUUCGCACCCCUCUUCCUCAAGAUUGUCCUAUACAUGGAGCUGGACGGGGUCGUCGAGGCCAUCCCCUGGGCGGACGCCUGCCUGUUCUUCGACGACCUGGCGAUGGCGACGCACGGCGUCAGGGAGUUCGUGCAGUACUGGCAUUCCCAGCUUGUGCAGACGCUGAUCAACAUGUUCGAGGUGGUCGUGGACAUGCGGGUCUCCCGGGGCGAGGGGGGCAAGACGGUCACACUGGCUUCGACCUCGGCCUUGAACGCGGAGCUCGGCAAGCGCGUCCGCACCCGCGGCGCGAGGAUGGUGAAGGAAGAGAAGCACCUCGGCGUCGCGACGGCCGCGGGCGGAUGCCGGCGAGCGGGGGCUUUCAGCAAGAGGGCAGUCAACUUCGCCGCCAGACGGGAUCGGAUUGCGAGGGUCCGGCGAGCCGGGGGACCGGCACACAAGGUGAUCAGGCACGCCAAGGAAGGUGCCGUUCUGCUCUACGGCGUCAAUGUCAUGGGUAUGGCCGACGCCAAGCUGGGCGAGCUGCGGCAGAGCGUGGCGACGGCCAUGGCUGGUAAUGCGAAGGGGCGGUCCACGUGCCUGACGCUGCUGGCCGACGACGUAGACCUAGGCAUUCUGGCCAACGCGCCCCCGAUCCUGGCGUGGGCGCAGACCUGGCAAGAAGCAGAGGACGACCCGAGUCUCGUGCCGAGGCUCCAGGCCGCAUGGAAGCGGUGGGCCUUCGAGUGGGCCUUGCGAAGGAGGCUCGGCUGGAUGACCCAGGCGGCGCAUCCGAUUGCCAUCGGCACCAACGUCAUCGACCUGAGGACGAUUCCUCUCCACGGGCUGCAUCGCUACGUCCGCGCCGCCACCGAGCAGGGCCUCGAGGACGCGUGGUUGGCCAAGUGGGGGAGCGAGUUCAACGUGCAUUCGGUCUUCGUUGAGCCUGCGAGGGCGCUCCUGCGGCGGCCAUGCCGCGGGCGCUGGGCGCAGGCGCACCAGGCGCGCGCGAGGGCGCCCUGGUGCGGGGGCACGUGGCCGCAGGCGCGGCUGCAUGCCAAGGGGGCGGCACCCGACGCCAUCUGCAAUGCGUGCAACCAGGGCGAGGGCGCGGACAGACACCGCACCUUCGUCAGCGCGGCGCGGCAGGAGGGGCGUCGGCGCGUGGGUGGCGCCCACGUCGUGCAGCGAGGAGCCAGCCCAUGGCCAGGGUCCGAGCAGCUCUGGGGCCGGGGGCUGGCCAACGACCCCGCGGUGGAGCUCGGUCUGUGGGACAUCGCCGUCGCCGACGCCAUUCGCGUCGAGGGCGACUUCGCGGGUUUCGCCGCGGGCCGAGUGUACUCCGAUGGCAGCCUAUUGUACGGCAAGUACGCUGCCCUACGACGCGGAGGUUGGUCACUCGUGCAGCUGAACGGGGACAUGUCCUUGGAGUGCGCGUGCUGCGGGCCCCUGCCAAGGCCGCAGUGGCAGCAAUCCAUAUUCCUGAGCGAGCUGAUGGCCGUGCUCCGCGUGCUGGAGGUGGCUUGCCCGCCCAUCUUCAUCGUCUCCGACUGCCAGUCGGUCAUCGACGGACGCGUGGGCGCGCUGCUGGGCCUUGAUCGCUGA